AUGUGGCUCCUGGGCACCGCGCGCGCGAACCUCGUCUUCUUUCCCCAACCCGAAGACGUUCCUAGAGGCUAUGCUAUCCUGUCGCACACCUGGGGAGAAGAAGAAGAAACGUUUCAAAAGGUUCAAAGGCUGAACGAAGAAUCCAACAGCCCCUUCUCCCCGGAAGAACAGCGUCCCUUGCCCCGAGCCGAGCUCCGAUCUCUCAUCUCCCAGGCACUCGUCGAACAGCACGGGUACGAGUACGCUUGGGUCGAUACGUGCUGUAUCAACAAGGAUAGCAGUUCCGAGCUCUCGGAAGGCAUCAAUUCCAUGUUCCGGUACUACGCACUCUCCAACAUCUGCUACGUCUACCUCAGCGACGUCCAAUACUCAGACACUGAUUCGGACAAGAUGUGGCGCGCCUUCCGAGACAGCCGCUGGCACGAGCGGGGCUGGACUCUCCAAGAGCUUAUCGCGUCCCGCAUCCUCGUGUUCUAUUCCAAGGAGUGGAUAUAUCUGGGCACCAAGUACGAGCUCGCCGAUCGACUAGAAAAAGCAACCAAGAUCUCUGCGGAGGUCCUCCGCUUCGAGCCCCCGUUUACCGAUGAGACCAUCGCGACGCGCAUCUCCUGGGCGGCACGUCGGUCCACCACGAGGCCGGAAGACGCCGCCUACAGCCUCUUUGGACUUUUCGGGGUCAACAUGCCGACACUGUACGGCGAAGGGCGGCUCGCAUUCUGCCGGCUCCUCAUGGAGAUCUCGAAGACCUCGCAGGAUCCUUCGAUUUUUCUCUUGGGAGAACGGCGGCAUGUGAACAACUUGGAUGACCUCAAAUCGUACCUCCCGCGAAAUCCCCAAAGCCAACCCCGUCGUCAUCUUCUCCCCCUCCAGCCUUCGUGGUUCCUUCGUUCUGUGUUCUACGACGCAAGUGCACGAUCUCAGACAGGACAAAAUAAGGUACGCUGGUAUGGAUAUCAUUCUACGCUGCGCUACAUUGACGACCAUUUGAGCGCCACUGGUUUGCAAGGACGACCGCAAAACUCCGUGCUCCCACGUUCUCCGUUUCACCAGAUAGAAUCGAGCUCCGCGCGGCCGUUCUGCCUCUGGAUGAUACGAAUAGAUUCAUCCUCGUCGAUUUAUUCUGCAGAGAUCCCGAACCCCUCUUCCUCUUGCUCCAAAGGGUGGACAAUAAGAGGUCCAACGAUGGCGCUGCUCCGCUCUACCAGCCCGCGGAGGAACCUGUUGUGUGCAUGGAGGAACCAAGCACGGCCCGGAUCGCCUCACAUGUCUGGAAGAUGA